ACCUUACGGUUGACCGGUGGCUCUCCUGGCUGUGCCUCGAAACAGACUGAAUGUAUCGCUGGACCCCCUCUCUCCCGUCGCUAAAGGAAUGUCGACGUGGAGCUGCCAAACGUGAACGUGUAGGGUACUCAUGAACGCGCUCGUCGGAGAGUCUUCUCUGAGCUCGUACCCUUGGCAUAGGUAGAGUGGGCAUGGCGCUGAUCACAGCUACCUGUCACAUUUCGUGGCGUGUUGAAAGCUGAGGGGGAAGAAAUUCUUGAAAGACGAAGCCUGCAGUGUUUGAUUCAUCUAAAAGCUGUUUAAAUCUAUAUGCAUUUCGUUGUACUUUAAAAUGCAAUGUAGCUACAUUGUGCACGUUUAAUAUUUGGAGUGGUUCAUCCUCAUAAGAUUUUAUUUGAUCAUUAAACUUAUAUUAAAUUCUAUUUUAGGUAGCCUACAGUUGUAGAUUCUAAAAAGUAAAAUUGAGUAGCAAUUUUUUAUGUUAAAGUUUUUUAUGUAAAAGUUUACAUGUUAAUGAGGUAAACCUAUGUGUUUUUCUUGUGCUUUUCUCAGGAUAAAUUUGAUCAACAUCAACCAUUUCAUUUUUGAUUUAUAAGUAAAGAAGGUUGUAAAGACAUGUUAUAAAGCGAUGAAUGCAUGUCUCCUUUGAGUUUCUUUGAAUCUGCUGUUUGAUUGGCUGAUGGAUUGUCCCUGAAUUUGUUAUCUUCUGUUUGAUUGGCUGAUGGAUAUUGUGGGCGAGUCCUGCCUGUAUUUGGGAUCUGUUACACACGCGUGUCGUCAGAUUUGAUCCAGAAAUAUGCUUUGCGUCUGCUUGAAUUAGUCCUUCAUCAGACUUUUCAUCAGCUAAGAGACAUGGACGACCCUUCAGCUCAGUUUCAACAUGAUUCGGAUUUGAUUGAUAUUUUAUGGAGGCAGGAUGUCGAUUUGGGGGUGGAGCGAGAGAUCUUUGAUGGAUGCCUUCGGCAGAAGGAGGAGACCAUGAGAGCAAGAGAAAGAGAGUUGAAAAGCGAGAGAGAGCUUGAAAGAAUAAUGCAAAGGUUACAGAAACUUGACAAAGAGACCGGAGAGUUUUUGCCUAGUCCUUCAUCUGUAAACUCCCAGGCUGUGCCCUUCUCAGAGACGUUGCCCUCGAGAGUGUCUACUCAGCAUUCACCCGUUACCCAGAAUCCCCUGCUAUCUGCCCUGCUAUUCUCCAAGUCUCAGAAGCCUCCUUCUCAGGAGCAGGCUUUUAGUGAACUGCUGUCACUGCCAGACUUACAGUAUUAUCUGGAUGUCUUGGAGUAUGAGGGCUCAAAUUUGCCCUUAGAGGAUAUCACUGAAAUCUGCCACCACAACCUGCCAGAGCCACAGAGGGAAAACUCAACAGAUGAAUUAUGUGACAUCGGUGAACUCACACAGACAAUAUCAGACUCUUUUGAAGUUGCUCAGCCUUUAUCAUGCAUGCCCUCUGACCCAUUAGAAGUCUUGGAAACAUGCAUACAGACAUUCUCAGAUCCAGGCAAUCCUACACCUUCACCUUCAAACACAAUUUACAGCUGUAGUAGCCCAGAGAAUCAAGGGAUUUUUACUAAAUGCCAAGCAAAUUCAAGCGAUUCGUCCUUGAGUGAGUUUUGCCCUGAUAUAAAUACAUAUACCAUCAAUACUAGCACACUCAGUGAACCAGAACAAUUAAAUAGUGUGCCUGGAAGGAAAGCUCCACAAAUGCUUUCACAAUUUGAGGAGCAUCGCAUUCUUCUGGGUUUUGAUGACUCUGCUUCUGUUGGCUCUGUGGAUUUAGAGAUGUCCCUCUAUGCGGCUGACACCGUAAGCAACGGCCGAUCAGACAAGGAUGAGCUGGAAAGCAUCCAAUCAGAUUACACCGAUCUGCUGUCUUUAUCUCUCCACUCUGAGACAGUAGAGGCAACACUGUAUGAAACUGCUACGUAUUCACCACACCAAACUCAAAACGAAUCAGCGCCUGAAUAUUCACAAAGAGAACCUCAGUCAAAUCUCACAACCGCAAGCAGAGCUGCAGGUGUCCGGCGCGCAUGUCGUGAUGAACAGCGAGCCCGAGCGUUGAGUUUGCCGAUUAGUGUGCAUGACAUCAUCAACCUGCCCGUGGAAGCAUUUAACGAAGCCAUCAGCUCCUGCAAACUCAACCACGCUCAACACGCACUCAUCAGAGACAUUCGAAGACGUGGCAAAAAUAAAAUGGCAGCCCAGAGCUGUCGAAAACGAAAGCUGGAUAGUCUUGUCGAUCUCGAAGACGAGAUUGAGGCUCUGAAGAGGGAGAAGGAUGAAAGCAAAGAGGAAAAAGAGAGGAACACUAGAGACCUUCGUGUGAUGAAAGAGAAGCUCAAGAAUCUUUACAAUGAGGUGUUCGGACAGCUGAGAGAUGAGCAGGGAAACUCCUACAAUCCUAAAGAGUACAAACUACAGCACAGCGCUGAUGGCACGGUUUACCUGCUGCCAUCUAGCGCAGCCAACAACAAAAAUACACUGACAGAGGAUUUAGCUGCUGCUGUAUAACACAUCUGAAGUACCUACAGCAGAACUCUUUGGUCUUUGGAACUGGACACAGCAGUGGUUUUGGAUUUUAAUAGUUGUGGGCUUGAGGAAUCAUUGGCCCUGGCAUUCACAUGAAUCUCUUUUGAACACUUGUGAUCAGACUUUUUAAGGGAGGUUGUUUGAUCAGUUUAACCAGUUAAAUUAGCAUCAUCCCCCUAGCUGCUGUUUUCAGUCAUGCAGUACAGAUACUGUCUACUUGAAUGGGGAAACACUGAAAUCUCCAAAAUGUUGUCAAUGUUACAUUUAAAUAACUAAGCUGACAACUAUGGUCCAGCUAAUGCAUAUACAGUACAGUCUACAUUUACACCCUCUCUCUCUCUAUACGUGCGUGCGAUAUAUAUAUAUAUAUAUAUAUAUAUAUAUAUAUAUA